CGUCGUCCGCAGCUCAUGAGGACCUGCACUCAGAGCCAACAGGUCGUCUAUCACACCGUUAAACUGCUCCUCAACAAAUGACUUAAGGGACUUUUACGCGCGUAAUGACGCUUUUACCGGAUGAAUUGCAAACGAUUUAAUGACUGAAAUUAAGUGGGGAUUGCAUUUAGGUGAAUUUUAAACUAACUGCCAGCCUCUUAAGGCAACAUGGAGAUCCAUAACCUGCGUUCAUUCAGCACACCUUGCGUGAGCGAUCGUUUCCAAGUCUGCGCCCGUUUUCAAAGAACUUUUCACCUUUCUAACGACUCUUAGGAUAUGCUGUGUUUUAUUCAGAAGCCUCGCACACACUUGAGAGACAUUUUCCAGUAAUAGUUAGAAAUGCAGAGCCGCGGUGUGGUGAGAAGCUCGGCCGGUCUGUGCGCGCUGCGCUCCUGCGUGCUGCUGCUGUUCAUCCAUAUGAGCGCACCGGUGGAGGCGAGGAAAGUGCGCGGCGGUCGGGCGCAAACCCGGCGGGUGCAGCAACAGCAACAGCAGACUCCGGCGUACAGAGAGCGGGUAGAAGGAGCAGCAGAGAGCUUCCCGUUAGACUUUACAGCCGUGCAGGGAAACAUGGACAACUUCAUGGUGCAGAUAAAGAACCUGGCGCAGUCACUGUAUCCGUGCUCUGCGCAGAAGCUGGACCAAGACAUGAAGUUGCACUUUUUGAAGAAUGUAUCUGUGACUUGCAAUGACGGGUCACCUGCAGGGUACUACAUCAAGGAGUCUAAAGGCAGCAAGAGGUGGCUGCUGUUCUUAGAAGGUGGAUGGUACUGUUUCAACAGGCAGACCUGUGACAGCAGGUACGAGACCAUGAGGAGACUGAUGAGCUCCACCAAGUGGCCACCGACCAGAACAGGAACAGGGAUUCUGUCCCCUCAGCCAGAGGAAAACCCUCACUGGUGGAACGCCAACAUGGUGUUCAUCCCGUACUGCUCCAGUGACGUGUGGAGCGGAGCCACGCCAAAAAAAGACAACUGUGACUAUGCAUUCAUGGGGUCUCUGAUCAUUAAGGAGGUGGUGAACGAACUGCUGACAAAAGGUCUGGACAACGCCAAGGUCCUUCUUCUGGCAGGAAGCAGUGCUGGCGGUACUGGCGUCCUGCUGAAUGUGGACCACGUUGCAGAGCAGCUGGAGUCACAGGGCCACAGAGGAGUGCAGGUCAGGGGUUUGGCCGACUCCGGAUGGUUCCUGGACAACAAGCAGUACAAAUUCACCGACUGCCUCGAUACCAUCAGCUGUGCCCCCACUGAGGCCAUAAAGAGAGGCAUCAGGUACUGGGGUGGACUGGUGCCAGAAAGCUGCAGACAGGCUCACGUGGGAGAGGAGUGGAACUGUUUCUUCGGGUAUAAAGUCUACCCCACGUUAAAAAGCCCGGUGUUCGUGGUGCAGUGGCUGUUUGACGAGGCCCAGCUGACGGUAGACAACAUCCACCUGACGGGACAGCCGGUGCAUGAGGGCCAGUGGAGGUACAUACAAAGCCUGGGACAGGAGCUGAGGAGCACGCUCCGUGACGUACCGGCGAUGUUUGCUCCGGCCUGCUUGUCUCAUGAGCUCAUUACCAGAACCUACUGGAUGGAGAUUCAGGUGAAAGGCACCUCCCUGCCCAGAGCCCUCCACUGCUGGGACCGCAGCCUCCAAGACAUCAACAACAACACCACCAUCAACGGUAGCCACGGCAACCACAACCACCAAAAGCACAAGACCCCACCCAUGAGGGGCUGCCCUCUGCAUCUGAUCGACAGCUGCCCGUGGCCGCACUGUAACCCCACCUGCCCGACCAUCCGUGACCAGCUGACGGGUCAGGAGAUGAGCGUGAUCCAGUUCCUGAAGCACAUGGGCUUCGACGUGCAGAAGAUGGCCCAGCAGCAGGGGAUGGACCCCAGGAAGCUACUGGGCAUGCUCAGUAACGGGAACUGAGUUAACAGAUUAGACGCUGCUGGUGUGUUGUGUCAGUACUCUGCAGAAAUGAGAAGGUGUUGAACGUUAACAGAGGACAACAGGAACAUGGAGACAGAACUCUGAUGAGAAAAAACUGUCAAACUGUCGUCUUCCAUCGACAACAAACAAAACUAACUCAGCAUUUGAAAAACUGAACUCAAACACUAUCAGGUCGCUCAUGAGUUUUGAAAUAUUGCCUGAAGAACUGAAUCUGAGCUGUUUAAAUACAAUAUAUGGGCUCCUUGGUUUAACAUACAGACAUUCAUAUAGAUAUGUGAUUAUUGUGAGGACACUGACAGCUGGGGUCAGUGUGUAUAUGUACAGUUAAUAUGUGCUGUGUCGUGUGUGUUGCGACUGUCAUGGUGGUUGUCUAAAAUAGUCUGAGUCUCGAUGGGAAAGCACUGGAUCGAAACCGCCUCCCGGUCCGUGUGAGUGUCGCGGAUUUGUGGGGAUUUGGUGCUCUCUUCUGUCAGAUCUAAAUAUCACAUUCAGAAAUCCAUCCAUGGUGCUGCUGUCUCAACCUUCCACCAAAUAUGCUGCUUUUUCUCAUUUGGAAAAAUAGUUAUUUAAUGGGUAAUAUUUACUAAUUAAAGGUACAAAGAUUAUUACUUUAUUCUUCAGGCCACUUUAAAGUACCUGUAUAUUUAUUUUUCUACUGAAGAUAUAUUUUAUAUGUCGUAUAGUCAGAUACAAUUAGCUGCUGUAACAAUGUCCCUAUAAGUUUUACUUUUUAUUUGCAUGUUUAUCAAAAAAUAACUGUAUGAUAAUGGUAAAAUUCAUAUUGUCUUUGUGGCUGUUGGGUUUGUAGCAACUAUUUUAAUGUCCAUGUUGAGGCAGUAGUAGCGCCCACACCUCAUAUAAGCACUAAUAAAUACAAAUACACACUAAUGUGGUGAAACAUAAUUUAAUUACAAAAGUAUGACUAUACAGUUACCAUCCUAAAAACAACUCGGACACAUAUGUACACAAUAUACAACUGCAACAACAGCUGAGACCAUUUCCAUUGUUAUCAUACUCUCACAUCAUCCACAGUUUACCUUUAACAUACUGACACAAUGAUAAAAUUAAUAAAAAAAAUUAAAAUCAUUUAAAAAAAAAA